AUGAAUAUGUACCGCACGGGUGGGGAUAUCGGUCCCAACUUCAAUUCUGUCAUCGGCGAGGCCUAUGCAGUGGUGCAGUAUGGCGAUCGGCCAGAUCCCCUGUCGCACCCAGGAUGCUGGGCGUACCCCGACAUGUCUGAAGUUGGAAACUUCCGUGGCGCCGACCCGUUGAGAACAGACGAGGAACGGACGCAUUGGGGCCUGUGGUGCAUUCUUUCUUCGCCCUUGAUAUUGGGUUUGGACAUGAGCCGAGGCGACACGAUGGACCGCGUGUGGCCCACGAUCACGAAUCCAGACGCCCUCGCCGUCAACGACGCGUGGGCCGGACACCCCGGCACGCUGAUCAAGUCUUACGUUGCAGACGGCGACGACGUCUCGUUCACGGUGGAUCAACGCCUUGCGAUGGCAGUCCGCGGAGCCUGGGAUGGCGGCUCGAGGACGGGAGGCUGCUUGCCCCGGGCGCUGGCCCUCUGUGCCUGGACGUUCGCGGCGGACCCGCCGGGCAGGACACCUCGCGGCAGAGCUCCUGCCCUCCCCCGACAACGCGCUUCGGCGGCAGCGGCUGCGGCAGCCUCCUUGCCGAGUGCUCGCGGGUGCGCGGCAGCUGGGACCUCGACGCCGCCACGGGGCUGCUGCGCUGGAGGCCGACGGGGCCAGGCCCCGUGA